AUGCGGCCGCUACGCUCGCUGUUGGCCUGCCUGUUUGCCGCCGGCGUGUCUGCUCUCAGCACGUCGGGCAACCGCUUGCUGGUGAUCAUGGAUGACGUUUCUGAGAAGGAGAGUUACUCGCAGUUUCUGGGCGACCUCGAGAGUCUGUCUUACCUCCCCUGCCGAGGAUUCCAGCUCUCGUUCGAAAGCCCAAAGAGCGAGUCUCUGUCGCUGUUCCACCUCGGCGAGCGUACCUAUGACCAUCUUCUAUUCUUUCCAACAAAGACGAAGGGCCUCGGCCCCAACCUGACUCCUAACCUCCUCGUUGACUUCGUCAAUGCCAAAGGGAACAUCCUCGUAACUCUGAGCUCUGGUACAACAGCCCCAACUUCUCUCAUCUCCCUGCUCAACGAGCUCGACAUCCAGCUCCCCGCCGACCGCACAGGCCUGGUGGUUGAUCAUUUCAACUACGAUGCUUCCAGCUCUCCUGACACGCAUGAUGUUCUCGUUCUCCCGGCUCCGUUCCCUGUGCGCCCGGAUGUGAAGGACUUCUUCAGCGGUGCCGAUGUCUCUUCUCCCUCCGAGAAAGUCCUGGCCUUCCCCCGCGGUGUAGGAGCGACCCUGGGCAACGGCCCUCUGCUGGCGCCCAUUCUGCGGGCGCCUCGCACGGCAUACAGCUACAAUCCUAAGGAGCAGAAGGAGACCGUGGAUGAUCUAUUCGCGGCGGGCGAGCAGCUGGCGCUGGUAGCGACGUUCCAGGCGCGCAACUCGGCACGGGUGACGCUCGUUGGUUCGGCCGAGAUGCUUCAGGACAAAUGGUUUGAUGCGGAGGUAAAGACGAAGGAGGGGAAGGCGACCAAGACGUUCAAUAGGGAGUUUGCCAAGCGCGUGAGUGGUUGGACGUUCAACGAGAUUGGUGUGCUGCGGGUUAAUUGGAUUGAGCACCGUCUGGACGAGCCCGGCGCGCCGAACAACGUUUCGAACCCCAAGAUCUAUCGCGUCAAGAACGAUGUGAAAUACACCAUCUCCCUCUCAGAGUACUCCUGGACCGCCUGGCAGCCCUUCACCCUCCCUCCGGACAGCGAUGAGAUCCAGCUCGAGUUCUCCAUGCUCUCUCCCUUCCACCGGCUCGCCCUUGCCCCUGAUGCCUCCCUCUCAAGCGACACGGCCACCGCAUACAGUGUGCGGUUUAAGGUACCUGACCGUCACGGCAUCUUCAACUUUCGCGUUAGCUACAAGCGGCCGUUCCUGUCAAACGUGGAGGAAAAAAACACGGUCUCUGUGCGGCACAUCGGUCACGACGAGUGGCCGCGCAGCUGGGCCAUCAGCGGCGCUUGGCCAUGGAUGUCAGGUAUUGGCGUUACCGUCGUGGGCUGGCUGGCUUUCUGUGUGAUUUGGAUGUUUAGUGCCCCCGUGGGGCCUAAGGUGGAAGUGGGUAAGAAGACGCAAUGA